AUAUCUUCAUGAUUUUGGCAACAUUUUUUCACGGAUUUGUCCAAAAAUUGGUAUUUGUAGGUCAUAAUAGGUUCUAGCUCCGGUGGCGAAACAUUGUAUGUAUAAGUCAACGUUUUUGUAUGGCCCUAAUAUAACGGUACCUCCUGAUAUUUGGUAUUUUGAUGAUUUUUUUUGUCUAAAAAUUGGUAUUUGUAGGUCAAAAUGUUUUCUAGCUCGUGUGACGGAACAUAGUAAGUAUAGGUUCACUUUUUCGUAUAGCCCCCACAUAAUGGUACCUCCCGAUAUUCGGUGUUUUCAUCGGAGUAAAUAUCCUUAAAAUCAAAUUUGAACCUUGAAUGUAAAAAUGAAUAUCUCAGAUGGCUAGGGGAUUGCCCGCUACAUAAUAUUUAUUUAAAUUCUGAAUCCUACCAUGACCCCAGCUGUUUCCACAAAUCUUUUGAUUAAACCGAAAACGUGCAUGCAUGGUCGAAUUAGCUCAUUUUGUUAUUUCCCACAGGCUACCUAUUCUUUCAAAUACAUUGCAAAAAAAAAUAAAACGGACGGGAUUCUGUUUUUUUUAUAAAGAAUAUAUAAAGGUGUGGGUUCAUAAACAGCCACAAUGGCAAGCUGCUUAUGUACCCACAGCUUUACAUAUCUGCACCUGCUUCCGUCUUCCUAUUGUCAACCUUCAUUUCUUAAUGCAUUAUUUAUCAUUGAUGACAUUUAACACAUUAUCCGAUACAAGACCGUGCCGACUUAGGAGAUGCAAAUUUUUGAAAUACGCAUCAGCAUGCAAAUCACUAGAUUUAUUUUAAAUUUUGAAGUCAUUGCAUUUUCCGGUAGUUUAUAAAUCGAUGUCAAAACGGUCUCUUCGAAACAAGAGAAAAGAAGAUACAAAUUUUGAAAAUGUCUAUUGCCCAAUUUUAUGCCGGUCAGGAAAUUUUAAUAACCGGAGGAUCAGGUUUCAUUGGCAAAGUUCUGAUAGAAAAGAUUUUGCGCUCCCUACCGGAUGUUGGAAAAGUUUAUAUUUUAUUACGCAGCAAAAAGGGUAAAAAUGCCAGCCAGCGUUUGGAGGAAAUUUUACAAAUUCCAUUGUUUAGACGUGCCAGAGAAGAACAGCCGGAGGCUUUUAAAAAACUAAUAGCCAUAGAUGGUGAUUGCCAGGAAUUGGGUUUGGGAAUAUCGUCCUUAGACAUGGUGAAAAUACGGAAUGUCAACAUAAUAUUUCAUGUGGCAGCAACGGUGCGCUUUGAUGAUGACAUGAGAACAUCAAUAAUUUUGAAUACUCGCGGAACGCAUGAAUUCUUAAAACUUGCUCUAGAUUUACCAAAACUCAAAGCAUUUGUUCAUGUUUCGACUACAUAUUCCCAUCCGGAUUUGAGGGAGGUCGAUGAAAGGAUAUAUGCCCCCUACAUAGACUGGCGUACCGCCAUAAAAAUAGCCGAAACAUAUGAUCAGGAAACCUUAAAUAUGCUUUUACCCAAAUCCUCUCCAGAACAUCCCAAUUCAUAUACACUUUCCAAAAAUAUGGCAGAACACAUUGUCAAGGAGUACAGCCACAAAUUACCCGUGGUAAUAUUUCGUCCUUCUAUAGUGGCUAGUAGCUUUAGGGAACCCUUUCCCGGUUGGAUUGAGAAUUUCAAUGCUCCCGUUGGAAUGGUGAUGGCCUACGGUACUGGUCUGAUGCAUUCCAAUCAUGGUGAUCCGGAUGUUAAACCAGAUAUUAUACCAGUGGAUAUGGUGACAAAGGCACUUCUGGUUACCGGCUAUAAACAUGCGAAGCAGAACGAAAAAGUUCCAAAACUUAGUGGAGAGCUAGAAUUCUACAAUUGUUGUGCAUCAACGCAAAGGUCUUUGACCAUGUCUGACAUAAUUGAUUUGGGCAUAGAAACUGUCUUUGAUAAUCCCUAUGAAAAAUGCAUUUGGCUACCGGCAGGUUCAAUGACAAGAUGUGCCUUUUGGCAUUACCUUCGGUUCUUUGGAUUACAAGUGAUACCGGCUAUUUUGUUAGACGGCCUUAUACGUUUGUCAGGACAUACGCCAGUAUUAAUGCGGCUUCAGAGACGCAUCGAAAGUACCACAAAAGUGCUUAAAGCUUUUACCAACACCGAAUGGCAAUUCAACAAUGAUAAAUUGAAAUCAUUGGAAAAUCUUAUUGGAGAUGAUGAGCGUUCUGUGUUUACAUUUAUGGACUAUUGUUCUGGGGAUAUGCAAAAAUACAUGCGAGAUAUUGUGAAGGAUGCCAAAGAGUUUUUACUCAAAGAAAAUCCCAUUUCUUCGAGUGCCGCUCGUGUACGUGUUAAAAUAUUUUGGUUUUUACACCAUACAAUUCAAUACAUCGGACUAUAUUAUAUUGUAAAAAACUUGUUAAGGUUUCUUUAUAAAAUUAUUGCGAAAUAAA